AUGAAUGAACCUACUGAAAAUGAUGGAAAUUUUCGUUGUCUCCUACGAUUUAGAGCCAAUAAUGGUGAUAUAGUUUUAAAAGAGCAUCUAGAAAUAAGUGAUUUGAAUGCUAUGUAUACAAGUCCUCAAAUCCAAAAUGAAUUAAUUACUAUUUUUGGAGAAAUAAUUCAAUCUGAAAUAGUUAAACAAAUAUCAAAAUCCAGUUUUUUUUCUGUUCUCGCCGACGAGACAACUGAUAUUAGUCAAAUCGAACAAUUUUCAGUAUGCAUAAGAUACCUAGAUGAAGAAUCAAUGAUAGUUCGGGAAAACUUUUUAGCAUUUAUUCCUGUUCAGGAUGUAACAGGAGAAGGUUUAGCUAAUACUUUACUAGAAACAUUAAAAAACCUUGGUUUAAAUUUAGAAAAAAUGUGUGGUCAAGGCUAUGAUGGGGCGGCAACCAUGCGGGUGCUUUUAAUGGUGUACAGGCAAUUGUGA